GUAAUUGACUUUGACACACACAGAAACAGUACACAAAACCGCCAUUUUUGUGUGGGCAUGGAUUGCUUGGCUCGGCUCCACCCAAUUUUCUCACCGUUUGCCUUCUUCUCCUCCUCCUCUUCCUUUCGCCGGUUGAGCUUUCCCGCCAUUUCACGUAGCUUCACCGGUUCACCCUCGACCGGCCGGUUCGCCUCCAUGCCCGGUGCUCCACUGGUCCCGGUCGUUGCGCAGGCCAGGCGGGGCUCUUCCCUCAAAGAAGACGAAGUCGCUUCUCUUUCGUUCUUUUUGUUUCCAUGGAUAUUUGCAUUUUCAGCUGCUGAUCUUCAAUUUGAGCCGCCACUCAAAAUCGUGGUAUACCCGGACCCUAUACUGAGAGCGAAGAACAAGCGGAUUGAUUCCUUCGACGAUAAUCUGAAGAAAUUAGUCCACGAAAUGUUCGACGUAAUGUACAAAACUGAUGGCAUUGGGCUUUCGGCUCCCCAAGUAGGAAUGAAUGUUCAACUUAUGGUGCUUAACCCUGCUGGUGAACGUGGCGUUGGAGAGGAAAUUGUUCUUGUAAACCCAAGAGUCAGCAGAUAUUCGAAGAAAAUGGUGCUUUUUAAUGAAGGUUGCUUGUCCUUCCCGGGCAUUUAUGCUGACGUUCAGAGACCAGAAUCUGUAAAGAUUGAUGCACGGGAUGUUAAUGGUGCAAGGUUUACAGUCAACUUAUCUGGUCUUCCUGCACGGGUUUUCCAACAUGAGUUUGACCAUUUGCAGGGUGUACUUUUCUUUGAUAGAAUGACUGAAGGAGUUCUUGAUGGUAUACGUGCGCAGUUACAGUCCUUAGAAAAGAAGUACGAGGAUAAGACAGGAUUUCCAAGUCCUGAAAGGAUCGAUGAAACCCGCAAAAAGAAAAAGGUUGCUGUUGGUUUUGGAAAAUCAUCAUGAUAGUGUUUCCAUGGAAAUAUCAGGUUUUAAUAAUUUCCUUGGUCUUGGAAGAGUUGGCCGCAGAUGAUGCUCCGCACCUUUAGCAAACCAUAUUUUUCCUGU